GAUAAACAAAAACAAAACACGCGCAAAAAAAAGAAGGAAAAUUGCUAUUGUUUAUACCGACACAUCAUCCUCCAUUAAAUCCGUCACAGAUGGACAUCUUACUGGCCAACGUGAACGGCCUGCAGUUCAAGGCGGAGCGGGACCUGAUCGAGCAGGUUGGCGCCAUACCGCUGCCCUUCUAUGGCAUGGACAAGUCCAUUGCCGCAGUGUGCAACUUCAUCACGCGCAGCGGCCAGGAGUGCGACAAGGGCAGCGCCUGCCCCUUCCGGCACAUACGCGGCGACCGGACCAUCGUGUGCAAACACUGGCUGCGCGGACUCUGCAAGAAGGGCGACCAGUGCGAAUUCCUCCACGAGUACGACAUGACAAAGAUGCCGGAGUGCUACUUCUACUCGCGCUUCAAUGCCUGCCACAACAAGGAGUGUCCUUUCCUCCACAUCGAUCCGCAGAGCAAGGUUAAGGACUGCCCCUGGUACAAGCGCGGCUUCUGUCGCCACGGACCCCACUGCCGGCACCAGCAUCUGCGCCGGGUGCUCUGCAUGAACUACCUCGCCGGCUUCUGUCCGGAGGGUCCCUCCUGCAAGCAUAUGCAUCCCCGCUUUGAGCUGCCACCUCUGGCGGAGCUAAGUAAGGAUCAGCUCCACAAGAAGCUGCCCACGUGUCACUACUGCGGUGAGCUGGGGCACAAGGCCAACUCGUGCAAGCAGUAUGUCGGCAGCGUGGAGCAUCGCAACAAUAUCAAUGCCAUGGAUCACUCUGGCGGGCACUCUGGACACUCAGGACACUCCGUGCACUCAGGCGGACACUCUGGGCACUCAGGUCACUCCGAGGGCAACGAGGAUGGCUCGUCUAACCACCACAAUCAGCACGGCCCGCCUGGUUACGUCAAGGUGCCAACGCCGCUGGAGGAAAUAACCUGCUACAAGUGCGGGCACAAGGGCCACUAUGCCAACAAGUGCCCCAAGGGCCACCUUGCCUUCCUCUCCAACCAGCAUAGUCAUAAGUAGAACCUAGGAGUAAGAGUUCAUAUUGUAGUCCCAACAGCGGGAGAUAAUUCAGAAAUAAAUCCUACGCGGAGA